AUGUACAAGUCCUCCAAUUUCCGCAAGGCCCAGCCUCAGCAAGACUCUACCUCCACCAGACAUGGCCCCCAGGUCAAGCAGCUCAAGGAGGCGUUCCCCGCAUGGACAGAGCUAGACCUCGAGUCCCUUCUCGUCGAAGUGAACGGUGAUAUUGAGCUUGCCUCCAUGCGGAUCAUCGAGGGCCACGCGGAGCAAUGGGGUAACGUCACUCGCAAGAAGGACAAGAAAUCGUCAGCUCCUACCUCCUCGUACAACAAGGACUCAGCUGCUGGCGGGGGGCGCGGUGACUUCCGCGGUGGUCGAGGUGGACGCGGUGCGAGGGGUGGUGCUGUCCGUGGCGGCGCACGCGGUGGUGUCUCGGCUCGUGGUGGUCAUCACGACGUAAACGGCCACAGAGCGAAGCCCUCCCAGUCUGCGGAAGCUGUCAAGGACGCGACCGCUGUCGAUGCUCCCGUCACGAACGGUGAGGCGGCUGAUGUUGACGGCGACGCGACCUCUGCGUGGAACUCGAGCACUCCUACCACUUGGGGAGGAGACACGACGGCUGUCAAUGGCGCGACUUCCCACCCUACCCCUGCCCCCGCUCCCGUGGCUUCUGCACACACUCCUGCGCAAGUUCCUGCGCCAGGGCCAUCGGCGAACAAAGCAGGCGUUACGCCUGCCACCUCCAAGCUUUCAUGGGCGCAGAUUGCACGCAAACCUCAGGAGAAACCCGCUCCCCCUCCUGCUCCCGUUGCUGCACCGCCACCCACCGCCCCUUCGGCCCCCUCCCCGCCUGCGCCCCAGGCGCAACAUCAUGAGCCUGCACCUCCUGUGGAGACACCAGAGGCACCCACCACCUCGACCGGCUGGGAGGAACCAACCACCGUCCAAGAGCCGAUAUGGGAUGACGAGCCUCGUGCGGCCCAAGCAGUAGAGCCGGCUCCUGUCCUGGAAGAGGCAAAGCCUGCUCAACCUGAGCCGACGGUCGUCGAGGAGCCCGCUCCUGUGGCUUCACCCGCUGUGCCGCAGCAACUAUCUCCUGAGAUUCCUGCGGCGCUUCCGCCCAAGCCUCAAACGCCGUCGAUCCAGGCUCGCGCGACGCCCGUUUCGCACCGUGCGCCCAAGUUCAAGACGACGGAUCAACCGGUCGUCAUGCCUGCGAGCUUCGGUUCCGGCCUCGAGAGGAUCGGCAUGCAGUUCGGAAGCUUGAGCCUCGGCGGCGAGGACAUCGACUCCCACGAACCCACACCCGUUGAGCAGAAGCCUGCUCCGCCGGCUGCUCCGGAGCACGUAGCCGCGCCCGCGCCUCCGCCUCAGGAGCCUGCUGCCCCCAUCGCCUCCCCCCCUGCUCAAACACCUCUUACAUCUGGCUCUCUGUUUCAGAAUUCUCUCCCCCAACAGCAGCAGCAACAACCCCAGCAGCUUCAGCAGCCGGCUCAACCUCCUCACCUCGCUGCUCUCCCCCAGCAAUCAACACUCACCUCGUCCCUCACCCAACCCUCCCUCCCUUCCUCUACCUCAACGUCCGCAAUCUCCCCAUACUCCCAGCAGUCUCAGGCUAUCUCGCAGCAGUCGCUCGCCAGCCACCAGAGUCAGCAACCGCCAGCACAGUCGCACCACGCCUAUGCCCAGCACGGCCUCGGUGCUCACCUCGAGCAGCAACAACAACAGCAGCAGCACGUGGCACCCCAGCCCCAGCAGCCCCAGGCCACGCAGGCGCAGAACCUUGGGGGCGGCCCGUCAUCGUACUUCCGCCAGCCCGAGGCACCGUACUUCCACGCGCCGACGCCGCCUGCCGGUCAGAGUCAGGACAGCCCUUACGGCUCGUUUGGACAGCUGAACCAGCAGGUGCAGCACCAGGCUCAGGGCUCACACCUCGGCAACUUCGGUGGUGCGGACUACGGCUACGGCGAUAGCCAGAGGAACUUCUACGACUCCUACUCGGGUCCCACCGGCUUCGCCAACCGCAGCGUUCUCGGCCAUGAUGACCUGAAGGGCCUGCCCGGCUCCCAACAGCCUCACGCCGCCCCCGGCCUUCCCCCCGCAGGCGCUCAGUCUUCGCAGCAGCACCCUCCCUCCUCCCAGGCCGGCAGCCAGGGACAGCCCACCGCGGGCCAGGGCCCCCAGCAAGGCUACCCUCCCCCGCUCCCCUACUACUACCCCUACCCCCAGAACCAGUACUACGGCUCGCCAUACAGCUCCGGCUACACAGUGCCCCAGCCGUUCGUCAAGUACCCCACCGUGUUCCAGGGACCUCCCGGCCCGCAGUCUGCCCCUUCCCCGGCGGCGAAGCAAGGCCCCAGUGCCGUGCAGCCGCAGUCGCCCUACGGACAAGGGUUGUAUGGCCAGCAGCAGCAGCACCAGCCCAACACGUAUGACGAUCUCGGGUACCAGCACCACGCGCAGCACUCGGUCGGGCAGAACGUGAACGUCGGAAGCGGGCUGCCGUCGUCCGAGUACGGCAAGCACCAGUCGCUCUACGGUUCCGGCUCGCAGGGCAUCCAGGGCUUCAUGGGGCUUGGACAGUCGACCGGCCCAUCGACUGGCCCUCCGCUCGGGCAGCGCGCGACUGGUGGAUCGCCCGAGGCUGCGUACAAGCCGUAUGGCGGGAACGUCGGCGGCGUCAAGGACGUCGGUGCGGGUGUCGGUGUCGGUGUUGGCCAGGCGGGCGUCGGCGUCGGCCAGGGCCCGCAGGGCCGCGGCGGCGUGCAGCAGCCGGGCCAAGGCAGCUUCUACGCGCAACGCUUUGCGGCUAGCCAGGCAGGUGGACCGCAAGGCGCGCAGGGCCAGCAGCCGCAGGGCCAAGGCCCGCAAGGACACCUAGGCUACCCCCAGGGUGGCUCGGACGGGAGCACGUUCUACUCGUACCAGCCCCGCCAGCAGCAGGGGUACUGGCAGUGA